GAUUGAUGGUCACAUGCUGUCAGACACAAACACCUGUGAUACUUCCUUCAGGUAAUUUCUGCAGUAAAGACCCACAGAUCUGUAAAAAAUGCCCUUCGAGUACCUACUCCAGCACAUAUGGACGGCCGUACUGUGAGCUCUGCAGAGUAUGUGAAGGCUAUUUCAGGUAUAAGAAGCCUUGCACCCCCACCAGCAAUGCCGAGUGCGACUGCGUCGAGGGAUUCCACUGCUGGGGGGUAGAUUGUGAAAUGUGCGAAGAGGACUGCAAGCCGGGCCAAGAGUUAACAGAGCAGGGUUGCAAAAAUUGUGGCUUUGGAAUGUUUAAUGAUCAGAGCGCUAUUGGCACCUGUCGACCCUGGACAAACUGUUCCCUAGAUGGAAAGUCUGUGCUUAAGAAUGGGACCGAGAAGUCAGAUGUGGUCUGUGGACCCAGUCUGGUCAGCCUUCCUCCAGGUACCUCCCUCCCUUCCAUUCCUACUCCGGAGAAAAUAUCAGGAGAACGCCCCGUGAAUAUCCUUACCUUGUUCCUGGCGCUGACAACGGCUGUGCUGCUGUUCCUGCUCGUUGUCGUCUUUGGGCUCUCCAUGGCCAGAUGGAUCAGGAAGAAAUCCCUCUAUGUAUUCAAGCAACCACUUAAGAUGGCGGUUCAAAUGGCUCAAGAGGAAGACGCUUGUAGCUGCCGAUUUCCGCAGGAAGAGGAAGGAGGAAGCUAUGAGCUGUGAUGUGCGGUCCUGUAGCACAAGGGAUCCCCGAACCCUGACCUCAAACACCACCCCAGAUAAUGUGUAGGCAUGCACCCCAUCCAAACCUCUUCUAAUGCUAAUACUGUAUUU